AUUCCCAUAUAUAGAUAAAAGUUUAAAAAAAAGUUUACUUUGUGCAUGUAAAGCUAACCGAUUACUGUGAAGAUAUGUUCUCGACUUGCGGUGAAUGAAAUUAACGGUAGCUGGUUGCUUGCAUCUUCAUCCGCCCUGAGACACACACAGAACUGUCCCACGACAUACGGCCAAGAGAGAAUCCCAGACUCGGCCAUGGCCUCCAAUAGCAGCAGCACCACCGACCUGGACAGUCAGGUCAAUGUGGAGGAUUUGCCCAUAACGUUCAAGGUAAAAUAUAUUGGCUCAGAGGUGGCACGUGGCCUCUGGGGCAUCAAAUACACCCGCCGGCCCGUGGACAUCAUGGUUGGCGUGGCCAAGAACCUACCGCCCAACAAGGUGCUGCCCAACUGCGAUCUUAAGGUCUCCACCGACGGUGUCCAGCUGGAGAUUAUAUCGCCCAAGGCGAGCAUCAACCACUGGAGCUAUCCGAUCGACACGAUCUCCUACGGAGUACAGGACCUGGUCUAUACCCGAGUCUUUGCCAUGAUCGUGGUCAAGGAUGAGUCCAGUCCGCAUCCCUUCGAGGUGCAUGCGUUCGUCUGCGAUAGCCGGGCCAUGGCCCGCAAGCUGACCUUUGCACUGGCCGCCGCCUUCCAGGACUACUCGCGGCGGGUAAAGGAGGCGGCCGACGCAGAGGCCGAGGGUGCCACGCCCAGCGACACAAUCACGCCCACGCGCCAGAAAUUCGCCAUCGAUCUGCGAACGCCGGAGGAGAUUCAGGCCGGGGAACUGGAGCAGGAAACCGAGGCUUAGACCGGAUGGCCGUCCAAGGUUCCGGCCGUCCGAAUUGUCAAUGUGAUGUCAUAGUUACUUAUUGUCCAGUGUUCACUGUAUUUGUAAAUUGUAGUUCUCUCACCUGGUAGUAGCCUCAUACAGCUAAUUACCCAAAGCCUAAGUGUUAAAGCGAUUUGUAAACGAUAUU